AUGUUCGCGAUAUUUCUUGAUGAACUUGGCUGGCGGGAGGCGUCAUACACAUUACAUUUAUCCAGGAAUAUGCUUUUCGAAGGGCUUUUUCGCGAUAUUGGGAAAACGUUUUCAUAUUGCCUGCCAUAUCUAUGGCUGGGGGUUCAGGUUUCCUUUCGCGCCAACCUACGUUUCUUCGGACUAUACCCAAAAACACACUUUCCUUUGAGAGGAAAUCUUUUUAAACAAAGGAAGCCCCUGGGCUACCCAUGUAGCUGCACUUACCUCCCCUACUACGCUCCCUUCCUUGCCAUCACAGCUUACGCCACCUUCGUUAGACAGGACAGAAAUCUUUCAGGUUUAUAUGCUAACAUUUUGAUAUUAGAAGACGAAGAUUUCCCGCCGUUGGCUCCAGCAUCUAAGCCAAAUUACGACAAACAACCUACGGACCCCAUUCGUCUGCCAAUUAGGAAUUCUCUUCCGGGGGAAUCAUCGCUGACCUCAAGCCGGUCUGGAACUCCCGCUGUGCCGCCUGGGUUCGGCUUACCCCAUGCGCAUCCACCUACAUCGCUCGUUCGUGAAUCCAGAACGUCAAGUCCUUCACUCCCAAAGACUCCUUUGACCAUAAAUCCACCCCCAGGACUAGUGCAUCCUCAAGCAUUUACAGAGUCGAAUGCUGCACCUGAAUCAGCACGAGAUUCUCCAGCUACUCCCUUGAAACAGUCAGUUAGUAGAGCUGCCGAAGUAUCUCUCGGGUCUCCCAAGUCCAAGGCUGGCAGCGCUGCCAGAACCAGUUCAUUAAGUGACACUUCAUCAAAAACACACCAAUCAUCCAGCCACGGGAAAUCAAAACCCUUAAAACUUGAUCUUUCGACAUUUGAGAAGAUUCGCGAACCUGUCUCCAAUUCGACUCCCGUGCAGAGUGUUGCACCGCCGGCUACUUCUUCAGGCGGUCCAGAGUCUAGACCAGAUACUCCAGGGACCAACUCUCGUACUUCAAACUCUCCGGCUCCUCGCCAGCCAAGGGUUUUACGAGUCGUUGAUACGCCGAAGUCAGAGCAAACACCACCUACAACAUCGACAAGCACAUCUGUAUGGGGCGUGAAACAACGACCAGGAAUACAUAAUCUCUCUUCUGUCAGCAGACCAACAACACCAGUCGGCUCUGAGUAUGAUGCCCAAACGUCCGCCUCAGUUUCUCGAGCGAAUUCGCCACCACCAUCUAGAAUUGGAUCUGCGCCUGUUCGAACGGUUACAAAGAGUCAAGUGAAGAAGGACAGGAAAUUGAAGGCCAAAAACGCGGAGGCCAAAAAAGAUGAAAUUCUGCUAGCCACUGCAGCAGCCAACAGCGAGACUCAAGCCCCGAUCAUCGGUCGUAAACGCAAGACGAAGAAGGCACCAAAGCAGCCAAAUGGUGACGUUGAUAACAACGCAUCCGACGGAGAACAGAAAGAAUCAUCAAGCAAUGAUGCAGUGAAGUCUCAAACGGAACCUGAAACGCCAUCUAAGUCAAAUCAGGAGGAGCUGCAGAAACAAGAAUCGAAAGCUCCAGGAGAAAGCGAACCAUGGCGGGAGAAUAACACCCUCCAGCAAAUGACAAUGGAUGCCGAGUCGAAAGGUGUACCGGUCAAAGAUCUCUUUCUUGAGCGUACGGCACCUCUUCCCACGCUCCUUGGGCAGCUUCAGCAACUUGGAGGUUUUGAUUUGAACACCCACUUACUUUUCAACCCACCAAAUCUCGGCCAGCGCACAGAUAUGAAAUGCAAUGCCGACGACUACGACAUGCUGCACAAUCCACUUGAGCUGACAGAAGAGCACCGGAAACAGCUCCUCCGUGGUGAACCUGUACGUAUUAACAAUGGUGAUCCCGAUAAACUCAAGCAUCGUGCCCUCAUCACACCUAGCGGCUGUAUUCUCCGUCAUCUCUCCGCCGAAGAAGAAGACCGGUAUCUAGCAUUGGAGAAGAGCCUCUCGUCUGUUCUAGACGUUAUUCAGGAUUCUUACCCCUCCCUUCUCAUCUCCGAGCCCGAUAUCACAAACCGCGGAGGUGGGUUGGAUGCCCUUUUCGCUACCCCUGAGAAGUUCAAUAUUUGCUGGGUUGAUGAGGACUCAACUCGAAACGGUCUAGUGUCCAGCAUCACCGCCGAAGGCUCAUCUGCGAUCCUGUCCCACUCGCCGCAUGCAAACAAUGGGGUAAACACAUCCACAUCCGAGCCUGAGAUGGUGCGUUCUCAUAAUUGGGCUAUUAGUAGUGGCGGCGAAACCGUCCCUAUUCGUUCGUCUGCGUCAAAGUUGAUGGGUGGACGUUGUCCUAGCUUUGGCCCUGGCCUUGAAGAGCUAAUGAACAUGCCUGAUGUUGAACUACGAGCUAUGAUUAACGCUUCUCAGACUGAGCUGGAUGUAUCGAGGCGGGAAGUUGAUGCUAUCGACAAGAAAGUUAUGGCUCUAGUUAAGAGAAACAAGAAGCUUGUUCAGCAGGCUUUAGCAGCUGCAGCAGAGUCAAUGGCCCAGUCGCAGUAA